AUGGCCGAUUUGCAACAACAAUCGCCUCCCACCAUCCUUCAACCUCAGCAAGAAGGACAUCCUGUCUCCUUGCGGCCUGGCGGCUCCAGAUCUGGAUCUCCCCAACCGCAGCAGGUUCUUCUCUCCAGCUACGAACAACUUGAGACCGAUCCCGCCAUGUCCUCCUAUCAGCGUGUCCCAUCAGCCGGCUCUGGCAAUUUUGGCUCUCAAUCACCGCCUCUCCCCCAACAAUCACAGGCCAUGGCAUCGUCGUCGGCCAACAUGAAUAGCUACACCAGUGCCCGUUUCCCCAGCCAGUACUUUCCACCCCAGUCUCCCACGAAUGACCAAUACAACCCUGCUGGCAAUCCCUUCGCCGAUGGGCCAGGGGGCUCACGCUCUCGAAGCAGCACCAUCGGUCAGAACUACCCAAUCGCCGUCGCGCCACCCAUGCCAACCUCCCCUCCCCAGCAACCUGUCCAGCCGCUCUUUGCCCAGCACAGUGGCCACGCCGGUUCGUCAUCCCGCCCAGUCUCCCGCUCCGCCGCCUCAAGUGGCCCCGGCUCAAUGGGCGGGCCCAUGCCCUCGAUGCCCACAGGUAGCGGAGGGAGUGGUCCUAGCACCCGCCCCACCAGUGCUAAAUCUCCCUUCUCGCCACCCGUCACCUCCCCGCCACGCAGCCGCCCACAUCAGGUGUUAUUGAUCAAUCCAAACUCGACGCGCGCCAUGACCGAGGCCAUGCUCCAGUCCUUGCGACCCGUCAUUCCCCAGGGAGUCGAGGUGACAGGUUACACCGCCCCCUACCCGGCACCGACGGCUAUCGAGUCCACGACAGACGGAAUCAUGUCGACGGAAGCCGUGCUGCGAGACCUCGCAAAACACGCUGCGUCGAACGGCGAGACUGUGCAGAACUAUGACGGUAUGAUUGUCGCCUGCUUCAGCAAGCACCCGCUCAUCGACGCCCUGCGCGAGUCUUACGAUGUGCCCAUCAUUGGCAUCAUGGAGGCGAGUGUUUAUGUGGCGCGCAUGCUCGGUGGACGCUUCGGCAUCGUCGCCACUGCGCAGCGUUCCAAGAUCAAGCAGGACGAUGAUAUCGCGGCUUACGGGCUCACGCAUUUCUACGUCGGGAGCGAAGCCACCCACCUGGGCGUUCUCGAGCUCGAGUCCCGCCCAAAAGAGGAGGUUGCCAAACGCGUCGCGCAUUGUGCCCGCGCCUUGGUCAUGAAGGGCGCCGACACCAUCCUGCUGGGCUGUGCGGGGAUGACUGACAUGGUCCGAGCGGCCAAGGACGCAGUCAGAGAUGAAGACGGGCGCCGGACCGUCAACGUCAUUGACAGCGUCGAGGCCGGUGUCAUGAUGAUGAACAGCUUGAUUGGCAUGGGCAUUCCGACCAGUAAGAAGGGCAUGUACAAGGGAGAGAAGGAGGGCCGGAGAACACGAGGUCAGAAUUGGCUAUAA